CAACCUCUCGUUUAAUUUGUCUCCAUGACCAAAAACAAAGAGAGAAGGCAUAAAAACCCUAACAACAUCCAUUGUUGAAACUCUCUUUGGCACAACACCAUACACACAAAAUAUGGCCAUCCCCUAAAUAACCCUCUGAAUCUAUAGAAGAUCUCACCAAUAAAGGGUUUUGAGAGGUUCAAGCUUCUCUUUAGGGGAUGGCCCCAAACACAAGAGUGCUCACAAAAGGUAAGGAGAAGAAGAGGUCUCUUGGAGAUUAUGAUUAUGAAUGUUUGUGUGUGGGUGUUGUGUAAAUGAUCAUCAUCAUAAUUAUCAAUAUGGUGAUGAUGAUGAUGAGGAUUGUGUGUGAAUGGAGCGAUGAAGAUUGCAUGAAGGUUGAUGAAGACAAGCUUGAUGUGUCUUUUAUUAUCCCUCGUUUGGGCAACUUCGAUCCUUUGGCAAGCUUCGGUUCCCCUCGGAAUCAGCAGAUUAUUAUUACUAGCUCUUAUUUUGUCUUAUGUUCCUUGUUUACUUUGUUUCCGGUUUGGUUUGGUUUAUUGUCUUUAAUUUCGUUAUGUUUGUGUUGAAUGUGUGUGUUGUUGUUGUUAUCCCCUGUGAUGCACCACCAUUCAGGUGUGUUCCCCUAUCGGUGUGUGAGGAAUAAAAGAAUAUUCGGUUUUUAUAUCUAAAAUUAAA